AUGAUAUCACCAGCGCAAGCGCAUCCGGCAGCCUGGUCCGGUCAAUUUGGCUGGCUGCUUGUCUGUCAACCUCCAACUCCAGCCUCGGUCUGGCGAGCAGCGCCCGACGAUACCACAACCGACAGCCUGCACCUCGAUCGGCCAACACUCUGGCCCUCAGCGGCUGCGUCCAGCAUUCCUUAUUCUGGAGUAUCAUCUAGGAGUAGCAUCUACCUCGAGAUACCGGGCGAGGAAAGACACCCCACAUCGCCCCAACACCUGCCACCCACGUCAUCCGACAAUCGCAACGACAGCUCAUCCGACGACGACAAUACGCGCCGGUGCUUUAUUUGCCUCGUGGACGAGCCCGCCGAGAGCCUGCCCGCCGACUGGGCCACCCCGUGCACAUGUACCCUUGAAGGGCAUCAGUCCUGUUUGCUCACCUGGGUUGCCGACCUGGAGAUGCAAGGGAAGGCUGUGACUUGCCCGCUUUGCAAGAGCUCGAUUGGCGUUGUCGACCGUUGGGAUCCUGCCGUACAGUUGAGCGAUGCUGUCACCAACCAGCUCUCUGGGCUAUCGCCAUGGGUGCUGUUGACCUUUGGUCUGAGCGGCGCCGCCAUGGGCAGUGCCUUUUACGGAGUGCAUGCACUUGACGUCUUUGCCGGACCGGAAGCAGUUCAACGCUUCCUCUACCUGAGGCCCGAAUCAGAGGGCUACUUGGAUAUGUUCCUGGCGAAAAUGAAGGCGACAGCCCCAUCACUUGUACCCUGGGAUGUAUCUACGGUGAAACAGAUGCUGGCAAGGAACGAUGGCCCCGUCGACGUCAAUGCCCCCAUCGAUGUCAUACACUUCUUGAGCCUCACUCUUGUAGCUCCCGCUCUAAUACUCAACCGCAUGAGCUUGAGCGAGACGGUUAUGAUUCCAUCAUCGCUCACGUAUGCCAUGUUUUUCAGUGACCACAGGACCGACAUGUUUGAUUGGCCCCCGUCGCCGCAGAAAGUCCUCGCCGCUUUCCCCGUCGUCAAGGCAGUCUACUUCCAGCUCUAUCGAGCUGCCGCAAGGAGACUCGACAAAAAGCUCGCUGCUGUGGCGACCCAGCCGCGUAAUCUGCAAGGAGAGACUCCUGAGCAGGCAGCUCUCCGACAAGAGGCAGCCGGCGAGCCCCAGCCUGACGCUGCGGCAGACCAUAUUAUCGACAUACAGCUAGACUUCAACAUUCGAGACGACGACGAUGAUGCUAUCCCGGGAGACCGGCCCCAGAACGACGCUGCGCCGGUGAGGCCGAAUCGCGCAGCUGGCGGGUUUGGAUCGCUCUUCAACUACAUAGCUGGCGCCCUCAUGUGGCCAACGGUUUCGUACGGUGCCGGCAGUGUGUUGCGCUGGGCGCUGCCGGCCUCCUGGGUGAACAGACCUGCCUCAGGCCCUGUGACCGGCUUGUUACAAGAGCGAUGGGGACGUAGUCUGGUUGGAGGCUGUCUGUUCGUCGUCUUGAAGGACGCGUUCUUCCUGUAUGUCAAGUGGCGAAAGACCAUCAACAGACCCUACCGGAGAAUAAGAAAUGUAGAUAGGAGGCCCAGACAGGGAUGA